UUAGUUGAGGCUCUUCCUGUGCCGCGACGUUUCUUGGUAGUCUGUGACCUAAUGGGUACAUCAAAUACAGUCAUCGCAUGCGUGUGUCAUCUAUGCAGUCUGGCGUGACAGCUUACAUUCACUUUCGGCAGGCGAAGUCGCUGUCGCCCGUAUCGCUCGAGCUGCUGAAGCUGCUCGAGCUGCUCGGAGAGCGUAAAUUCUCAACGAUAUGGUAUUCGUCCUUGUAGGCGCCCUUCUUGUAAUUCCUCACAGGGACAUAAGGCACUUGAGACCGAAGCCUGGCAGUGUUAUCAAAAAAAUGACAAUGGACGAUAUCGGUACGUCCUCGUCCACCAUCUCUCGGAUGACCUCUCAGACGAUGCCGAUAACAGGAAGUGUCAAGUCCCUGUCUUUGUCGAUGGCGGUCUCAUACAAUGCGUCCAUCUGACCUGCUCCGACGAUGCGCGAAUCGUUGUGCGGCUGAGGGGGUGAAAAGAGGAACUUCAAGAAGUCUGCGGUCUUGUUUUGCUGACCGCCCUGACCGCGUCACACAAGGUAAAGAGACGGAAGGAAUGAGAAGGGCUGAGAGGGACAAACGAGGAAUCACCACUGCAAUGAUGUCGGCUAUCUCGUCCCUAGUCAU